AUGUCUAAUCAUCCUCCAAGACCUUUGUGCAGGCAUUUGAGUCAUUCCUGUCACCCUAUCCUUCAAGCAUGCAAUCAGCUUCGGUGCUUGGAGUGCGAUUGUGCUGUCAUCACCUUUGAAGGAUUUCAGUGGUCAGACAACACUGACUAUCUCUUCCUCCGCAACAAUUACCCUGUCACUGCACGACUCAGGUCUCGUCUCAAUCCUAUUCGUGGGACCCGAGCGUACACAUGUCAAUGUAAGCAUCGGUCUGUGAAUGCAGCUACACAGCUUGCUGCAGAUUCUGAAUUGAAAUGGGUAAUGAUCAAUAAUGCUUUAGUUUUUAUGCUCAACUACAGAGACUAUAGAGGCAUGAAGAAUACUUUGUACCUGUAA